CUGUAAGCCAUGGCAGCAUCUCUAGCGACGGCACUGCACUCCUUUCUGUCCACCAUUUACCCUUUCCGCUACCAGAGAAGCCACCCUAAGAGUUACAGCAACACAUACUACUAUAACAGCACGAGUAGCGGCAGCAGCACUCACUCCUACUUCGACGGGAACCUUUACACCGGGAAGAUGACCAAGGGAAAGCCUCUUUCCUUGCAGACGGUGGAGCUCAAAGUGAGGAUGUGCUGCACAGGUUGCGAGCGGGUUGUCAAACAAGCUCUUCUAAAGCUCAGAGGUGUCGAUUCAGUGGAGGUGGACUUGGAGCUGGAGAAGGUGACGGUGACGGGGUACGUUGACCGGAACAAGGUGCUCAAGGAGGUUCGCCGGAGCGGCAAAAAGGCGGAGUUCUGGCCCAACCCGGACCUCCCGCUCCACUUCACCACGGCGAAGGACUACUUCCACGACGAGGAGUCGUUCCGCGACAGCUACAACUACUGGAGGCACGGCUACAACGGGGACAAGCACGGCCGUCUCCCCGUAACGCAUAGGGGCGAGGACGCUGUCAGCAACAUGUUCAACGACGAUGACGUCAACGCAUGCAGCGUCAUGUGAAGGUGGGAGACAGACGACGCUGGUGCAUGUACAUGUUGUGAAAGGAAGGGUGGUUGUACAAUAAGUAUGUGUUUGUGGAACUACUGUGGACUGCUUUCCCAGUGUUGGGAAUAAUACGGCUUAAGGCUUAAGCUUGCUUC